CUGACGGGACUGACUCAAAACGGGAAAUCCAGGGAGAUUUUUUUUUUUUUUUUUAACUUUUCAACGUUUUAUUGCCAUCUGGGCAUUUUCGCAAUAGUCCACAGUAUGCUAAUCCAUGUCAACAAACAGUGGGUGCAGUGAAAUAACGCUGUUUGUGUGUCCCAAUUAGACAGAACAUGGCGGAGGCGGUCGCUGCAGACGGCGAGCACGGCUCCUCUCCGCCCGACGUGACCGACCCGGCCCCCAACGACGACUACGAGUGCAAAAUAUGCUUCAACUCCUUCGACCUGGACCGACGCACUCCCAAACUGCUGAGCUGUUCCCACACCUUCUGCCUCGAGUGUCUCGACGCUCUUCACUCCCGCGAGGGUCGAGGGUGGAGGCUCGGCUGCCCCGUGUGUCGCCACCGGACUCCGGUGCCGGAAUACCGGGUUCAUAACCUACCGGACGACCGCGCAUUGACUGAAUCUCUCCCGCUCGAAAAGCACGCGGCUGCGGACUCGACAGACGCGGCCGUCCCCUCGGACACUUCCCGAGAGAGCAACGCCAGCUGUCAGACAUGCAAACAAGUUGUGUUCAUGACCGGCUGCGUGUGCGCCAUCUUUUCUUUCCUGUCCAUGGUGGUGCUCUUAUUUCUGGGCCUCAUAUUUGUGCAUAACUUCAAAAACACCUCGUGGCCCGUCGGUCCUAUGUGUUUGUUUGUUGCCAGUGUCCUCGCGCUGGUCUCGCUCAUUCUCACUUGGUUAGUGUGCAUGUUCACGUACCGACCGGAAACUGAACCGAGCAACUUCAGUUCCCUCACUUCUAAUAGAAUGUGAUUCUCUGUGAUACACUAGCUUAGCCUUGUUAGCAUAAUUAAAGGGAAAUCUGUUCAUUUGCACAGACACCCUUAGAGAUGCCUUGUCGGUGUUUGUGAACAUGGACGAAUGACUUUAAUUUGGAAUAGCAGAGGCGUAAAUAAUAAAAGCAUUGAUGACUGAAUUCCAUAUAGCUGCUGCCAGACACUUGAAUAUAAACAGAGCCAUCGUUGACGUUAUUAUCUGUGCUUUU